UACCAGGCCCGCACUCCGCUACUGCUGCAGACAGACACCAGCCAGCAGAGGCCGCCUGCCGCUCAUCCUCCUGGCCGCCAAACAAGCUUGGGCCUCUGUCUCGCUGCAAUGAGCCAGUUCCCGCGUUCCUCCAUGUCCAUCAACUCGAUGCUGGGCACUGCUGCCAGCGACCUGCCGCCAAAGACACAGACAGCAGAGGCGCGACCAAGCAGCGUCCCUGCACAGCAAGGAGUCCCCGUACCCACCGCACUCCGCAGGUCGCCGCAUAUGCCUUCCUUCCGCGCGUCAUCGCAACCACCCGUCCAGCCCAUGCACGACCCAGGCCGCUUCUUCCAGCAUGCAGUGCAUCCUCAGCAUACACACCCGCACGAGGCCAUGUACAGUCACCAGCAGCAACAUCUCCCACACAUGUCGCAGCAGCAACCGCAUCAUGUGCAACAUCAGCCGCUACACAAUCCCAAUGACGGAAGAAUGCCGGGUGGAAUGCCGCACGGCAGCAGUCUGCAUCACCCGCAGCCAGGACAUUUCCAGCAUCAGCAGAGUAUCGCACCACUCGAGUACAGGCCUCCUUUGCUGGUAGAUCGCGAUCGGGAGCGCGACAUGCGCGAACGGGAGAAGGAGCGCGAUGUGGAACAGGAACGCGAACGUGAACAGCGUGUCAUACGCGAACGUGAAGAGCAGCGCAUGCGGGAGCUGCAACAGCGGGAACGCGUCAAGUUGGAACAGCAGCAGCGUCUGCGACAACAGCAGCUCCUACAGCAACAACAGCAGCAGCAGCAACAGCAGCAACAACCACAGGCUGUCAGGGCUCAACACGUCCCGCAAUCUUCUCAGACAAAACCACAGCAGGCGCGCAAUAAGGAACCAACGGCUCGCCAGCGGAAUCGGACGCAGGCCGCACAAAACGGCGAGGGUGGCAAGAGAUCAGUCCGGUCGCCUCCUCCAGCUGUGCAAAAGGCUGCGAGGAAUGACUACAAAGGCACAUCAGUGAGGUCAAACUCACCGGCAGUACCUAGUGCGCAGCCUUCAAAUCGACGAGUCCUUCUUCUCAACGCACUCAAUAAAUUGACCACCGAUUUUGUCAAGCAGAAAGAUCAGUACUUUAAUCACCAGCUGCGUCAGCUCCAAGAGGAUCUUUCGAGGCUGCACAACGGCACACAUUUGCAGUUCAAUGCCGAAAUUGCGGAUCUUCAAGACAUACGAGACGAGACUCUCUACAUUGCAAGGGAGGAAGGGCUCAGUAGGCUCACCGAAGCUGAUGAAGACUACGAACGAGAAGUGGCAGCCGCAAACGAAGAGUACGAAACGACCAGGACAACACUCAGAGAAGAAUUGCUUGCCCAUUUGCAGAGCAAGAAGCGCAAGCUCGAGUCUGAUCAGAGCCUGACGGACAUCUCUCUGCAAUCCUCGGUCCUGGGAGCGAAUAAUGACGCUCCACCCAGUCCAUCACUAUCGGGAGCGCCAAGAAAGCUGAGGCAUCGCGUGCCUGUACCAGUUGUCGGAUCGCGCUAUCCCUCCACAAGCCUCGUGACCGAGACGGCGCUCGAUGGCGUGCUCGAAUCAAUCGGCGAAACGGUGCGUGCACGCAAAGGAAUGGGAGGUGUUGGCGCAGAGGAUCGCGUUCGAGACCGCAUUGAACGAGAGCGGGAGAAGCUCGUUCGAACCAUGCUCGAGGGGUGUCGACCGCAUGAAGCCGACGACGACAUGGCACUCUUGCGACGCAAGUAUAUUCCCAAAAAGAAUGGCAUCAGUCAUGCCACGAAUGCAGCGAAUAGCGUGGCAGCAGGUGCAAAGCGCAAAGCCCCGCCAUGAUAGGAUCAAUUUUGUACAAGUAUUGAACGGGAAGUGUUCGGCAUUA